CCACUCAGCUCCUGAAUAUAAAUAACUUCAGUACGGACCAACGAAAUAUCACUGCUGUGUGUGAUUAGAGCUAAUGCGUGCAAAAAAAUCGAAAUAAAGGUGUUUGAUAGAGAAGCCCCAAAAUGGCAGAAGCCGAAGGGGGCUCAGAACAAGAUGAUGUUUCAUUCUUGCGUACGGAAGACAUGGUAUGUCUUUCAUGUACGGCUACGGGUGAAAGGGUUUGUUUGGCAGCCGAAGGUUUUGGCAACAGACACUGUUUUCUAGAAAAUAUAGCUGACAAGAAUAUACCUCCAGAUUUAUCACAAUGCGUUUUUGUAAUAGAACAAGCACUUUCCGUACGUGCCUUACAAGAAUUGGUAACAGCCGCAGGGAACGAAACUGGUCAGGAUAAUGUAGGUAAAGGUACAGGAUCCGGCCAUAGAACUUUGUUAUACGGUAAUGCUAUUUUACUGCGACAUCAAAACAGUGAUAUGUAUUUGGCGUGCUUAUCAACUAGUUCAAGCAAUGAUAAAUUAGCUUUUGAUGUUGGUUUACAAGAACAUAGUCAAGGUGAAGCUUGCUGGUGGACUGUUCACCCAGCAAGUAAACAAAGAUCUGAAGGUGAAAAAGUACGAGUAGGAGACGAUCUUAUUUUAGUAUCAGUAGCCACCGAACGAUAUUUGCACACAACCAAAGAAAAUGAAAUAUCAAUCGUAAACGCCAGCUUCCACGUUACUCAUUGGUCUGUCCAACCAUACGGAACCGGAAUCUCACGUAUGAAGUACGUAGGUUUCGUAUUUGGCGGAGAUGUUCUUCGAUUUUUCCACGGCGGUGAUGAGUGUCUAACAAUUCCAUCGACAUGGAGUCGAGAUCCCACUCAUAACAUCGUCGUUUACGAGGGAGGUAGCGUAAUGUCUCAAGCGCGUUCUUUGUGGCGUUUAGAAUUAGCCCGAACGAAAUGGGCCGGAGGUUUUAUAAAUUGGUCGCAUCCAAUGCGGAUUCGCCACAUUACAACCGGUCGAUAUUUAGGUGUUAAUGAGAAUAACGAACUUAUUUUAAUGGCUAGAGAUGAAGCUACGACAGCUUCAACCGCUUUUUGUUUACGGCAAGCUAAAGAUGACCAAAAAAUCGUUUUAGAAGAUAAAGAUUUAGAAGUAAUUGGAUUGCCUAUUAUUAAAUAUGGUGAUUCGACUGUUAUAGUACAACACACCGAAUCGGGACUUUGGUUAUCUUAUAAGUCGUAUGAAACGAAGAAAAAAGGGGUUGGAAAAGUGGAAGAGAAACAAGCUGUACUUCAUGAGGAAGGAAAAAUGGAUGAUGGUUUAGAUUUUAGUAGAAGUCAAGAGGAGGAAUCAAGAACAGCUAGGGUUAUUAGAAAAUGUAGUUCUUUAUUCACCCAAUUUAUAACUGGUUUAGAAACAUUACAAAUGAACCGACGACACUCAAUGUUCUUCCACACAGUAAAUUUAAGCGAAAUGGUGAUGUGCUUGGAAGAUUUAAUUAAUUACUUCGCCCAACCUGAAGAAGAUAUGGAACAUGAGGAAAAACAAAAUCGUUUUAGAGCUUUAAGAAACCGUCAGGAUCUGUUUCAAGAAGAAGGAAUUUUAAAUUUAAUUUUGGAGGCAAUCGACAAAAUUAAUGUCAUCACUUCUCAAGGAUUUGUUGCUGCACUUUCUGGAGAUCAAAGCUGGGAGACUAUUUCUGGUUAUCUAUAUCAACUUUUAGCGGCUAUCAUUAAAGGGAACCAUACAAAUUGUGCUCAAUUCGCCAAUUCUAAUCGUUUAAAUUGGUUAUUUUCUCGGCUGGGAUCGCAGGCUUCUAGUGAAGGAACUGGAAUGUUGGACGUAUUACAUUGCGUUCUUAUUGAUUCACCAGAAGCUUUAAAUAUGAUGAAGGAUGAACACAUAAAAGUCAUUAUAUCACUUUUGGAAAAACACGGAAGAGAUCCUAAAGUUUUAGAUGUUUUAUGCUCACUUUGCGUUGGUAAUGGUGUUGCUGUAAGAAGCUCGCAGAAUAAUAUUUGCGACUUUUUACUCCCAGGGAAAAAUUUAUUAUUGCAAACUCAACUUGUCGAUCAUGUUGCGAGUGUACGCCCAAAUAUUUUUGUUGGACGCGUUGAAGGAAGCGCGAUUUAUCAAAAAUGGUAUUUUGAGGUAACUGUUGAUCAUUUGGAACAAACUACGCAUAUGAUGCCUCAUUUACGAAUUGGGUGGGCGAAUUCUAAGGGAUAUAUUCCAUAUCCUGGGGGUGGUGAAAAAUGGGGUGGAAAUGGGGUUGGUGAUGAUCUUUAUUCGUUUGGUUUUGAUGGUUGUUAUUUAUGGACUGGGGGAAGAUGUACGCAAGUUGUUUAUGAAACGAUGGAACCAUUUAUCAGAAAAACUGAUGUUAUUGGAUGCGCAUUGGAUUUAACAAUACCUAUGAUAUCAUUUACUUUUAAUGGAAAACCAGUUAAAGGAAGCUUCCGUGAUUUUAAUUUAGAUGGAAUGUUCUUCCCAGUAAUUAGUUGUUCAUCUAAACUAAGUUGCCGAUUUUUAUUGGGUGGAGAUCACGGUCGAUUAAAAUACAUCCCCCCAGAAGAAUUCUCUCCAUUAGUUGAAAGUCUCCUUCCGCAACAAAUUUUAAGCUUAGAACCGUGUUUCUACUUUGGAAAUUUAAAUAAAUGUGUAUUGGCCGGUCCUCUUUUUGUAGAAGACGACACUGCUUUUGUGCCAAAUCCCGUUGAUACCUCGAUGGUUACAUUGCCGACUUACAUAGAAUCGAUUAAGGAUAAAUUAGCCGAAAAUAUCCAUGAAAUGUGGGCGAUGAAUAAGAUUGAAGCCGGUUGGCAAUGGGGUGAUAUGAGGGAUGAUUUGAGACAUAUUCAUCCUUGUCUCGUACCGUUUGAUAAACUCCCGCCGGCAGAAAAAAGAUAUGAUUCUCAAUUAGCAGUUCAAACUUUAAAGACUAUUUUGGCGUUAGGUUAUUAUAUUUCAAUGGAUAAACCCCCAUCUCGAAUUAAAACAGUUCGUCUUCCCAACGAACCUUUCAUGCAAGCGAAUGGUUAUAAACCAGCUCCUUUAGAUCUUAGCGCUAUUACAUUAACUCCAAAAAUGGAGGAAUUAGUCGAUCACUUAGCUGAAAACACCCAUAAUUUAUGGGCUAAAGAAAGAAUUCAACAAGGUUGGACUUACGGAUUAAAUGAGGACGCUGAUAUGUAUCGUAGUCCCCACUUAGUUCCUUACAGCAAAGUUGAUGAAGCCAUCAAAAAAGCGAAUAGAGAUACAGCAUCAGAAACUGUAAGAACUUUACUUGUUUAUGGGUACAAUUUAGAUCCACCAACCGGUGAACAACACGAAGCAUUACUUGCUGAAGUAAGCAAAUUACGAUUACAAUCAUUCAGAACAUAUAGAGUAGAGAAAAAUUAUGCAGUUGGAUCAGGAAAAUGGUACUUUGAAUUUGAAAUACUCACCGCGGGCCCAAUGAGGGUUGGAUGGGCUAAGGCCGAUUGUGCACCUGGACGAAUGCUUGGUGCAGAUGAAAAUACAUGGGCGUUUGAUGGAUACAACGAAGAAAAGGUUUACUGCAAUACAGCAGAAUCCUUUGGAAAGCAGUGGCAAGUGGGUGACGUUGUAGGAGUUUUUCUAGAUUUGAUCGAUCACACGAUUAGUUUCUCUUUAAACGGAGAACUUUUAAUGGACACAUUGGGUGGUGAAACAACCUUUGCAGACGUCCAAGGUGAUAACUUCGUUCCCGCAUUCACAUUGGGUGUAGGUCAAAAAGCUAAAUUAUCGUUUGGGCAAGAUGUUACUGUUUUAAAAUAUUUCACCACGUGCGGGUUACAAGAAGGAUAUGAACCAUUUUGCGUUAACAUGACUCGCCCAGUAACUUAUUGGUACACAAAAGAUCAGCCGAUAUUUGAAAACACGGACGAUAUGGAAGAUGGUAAAAUCGACGUGACCAGAAUUUUAGCGGGAUCUGAUAGCCCUCCGUGUCUUAAAAUCAGUCACAACACCUUUGAGACGAUGGAGAAGGCAAAUUGGGAAUUUUUGCGUUUGAGUCUUCCGAUUAUUUGCCAUCAAGAAUUUAUUACUGAAGAAGAAAAAAUGCGUAGGUGGCAAGAGAUUAAAAUUAGACAACAUCGUUUGCGCGCUGAAGCUGAGCAACAAACCACUCCUGCGCAUAUUGAACAAAUUAUGAAGAGCGGGUUUAGUAUGAGUGAUAUUAAAGGGUUACAUCGAAAUUAUUCGGAAGAUGCUGUGGAAUCUGAUGAGGUUAUGAAAACGCAAACUAGAACGUCGAAGAUAAACCCACCUCGACCACCAAGGAAAGGAUCUUUAUCGAGGACUUUACCACAAUAUGAAGAAAAUGGUUUGGGCCAAUUAAAUCCAAUUAAAGUACAUCGAUCGAAUAGUGAGUUGGAUUUCCAACGUUACCAAGAUAUUAACCAUCAAGGAGCGGAGAAGGACGAUAAGAAAAAACGAGGCAGAUCGCCGUUCAGGUUUUUCUCUAGAAAACGAGAAGGGGCUAGUAGUGGCGAUCGAUCGAAGAAGGCAAAAACUCCCGAUAUAGAUCGCGGCCGUAUUCCAAUGUCUCAGCAACAAAAUCUUGGAAUGACCAACGCAAUGUUACAAAGAAAUCCCACUGUGAAAUUAACACAGGCUGAUUCCGUUCAACCAUCCCCUAUUCCGGAACGCCAACAAAAACAACUUUCUGUUCCCCAAACAUCUGAUGUUGAAUCCAUUGGGGAUGAAAUUUAUGACGCAGAAUGUUUAAAAUUAAUUAACGAAUAUUUUUAUGGUGUUAGAAUCUUUCCGGGUCAAGAUCCAACUCACCUUUACGUCGGUUGGGUCACAACUCAAUACCAUCUCCAUAGCAAAGAUUUUAAUCAAUCCCAAGUUUUAAAAGGUUCCGUUCUCACUUUAGACGAUUACGAUAGAGUUUAUCAAAGCAUCAACCGGCAUUCUUGUUACAUGGUCAGAGCAGACGAAUUAUACAACGAAGUAACGCAAGAUGCUUCGGGAAAAGGAGCAUCCCAAGGGAUGUUUAUUGGAUGUUUUGUUGACGCAGCAACUGGAAUUAUUUCAUUUACAUGCGAGGGAAAAUCAACUAAACACCGAUUUAAUAUGGAACCAGAAACAAAACUUUUCCCGGCAAUAUUCGUAGAAGCAACAAGCAAAGAAAUCCUCCAAAUCGAAUUGGGUAGAACCGCAACGAGUCUUCCACUCUCAGCGGCUGUUCUACAAAACAGCGCGCGUCAUGUAAUCCCACAAUUCCCACCCCGAUUAAAAGUCCAAUGUUUAAAACCACACCAAUGGGCCAGAGUACCAAAUCGAAGUCUUGAAGUACACGCAUUAAAAUUAUCCGAUAUCCGCGGUUGGUCAAUGCUCUGUGAAGAUCCUGUUUCUAUGUUAGCCCUUCACGUCCCCGAAGAAGAUCGAUGCAUUGAUAUUUUAGAACUCAUCGAAAUGGAUCGAAUGUUAAGUUUCCACGCUCACACUUUAACUUUAUACGCGGCUUUGUGCUAUCAAAGCAAUUACAGAGCGGCACAUGCUCUUUGUAAACACGUCGAUCAAAAGCAAUUAUUGUAUGCCAUUAAAUCUGAGUAUAUGAGUGGUCCUCUUCGUCAAGGUUUUUACGAUCUUUUAAUUGCCGUGCAUCUCGAAUCCACCGCUACAACAAUGGAAGUGUGCAAAAAUGAGUAUGUAAUUCCGCUUGGGCCGGAACUUAGAGAAAUGUAUGAAGAUCCUGAGAUGGGGCAUAGCUUGAGAAGAUUACAAGUUGAAUCUGUGAGACCACAAAUGAAGAUGACUGAUAUUGCUGAUUCAAUUGAUAACAUCAAAAACUUAUACUCACCUUAUUUCCCACUUGAUGUCGUUAGAGAUUAUGUUAUGACAGCUUUAGCUGAGGCGGUAGAAACCAAUCAAGUUCAUAAUCGAGAUCCCAUUGGAGGUUCUAAUGAAAAUCUUUUCUUACCACUCUUAAAAUUAGUUGAUCGCCUUCUACUUGUUGGUAUGCUACGAGAUGAAGAUGUGGAUAAAUUACUUAUUAUGAUCCAUCCAGAAACUUGGGAUGAUACUUUUGAUAAAGUUGGAAAAGAUGAACAUAGAAAAGGUUUAUUACACAUGAAAAUGGCUGAAGGUGCAAAACUUCAAAUGUGUUACUUGCUUCAUCACUUAAAUGAUAAUCAAUUAAGACAUAGAGUCGAAUCGAUAAUAGCUUUCAGCCAUGAUUUUGUUGGUGAACUCCAAACAGAUCAGCUUCGAAGAUACGUGGAAAUUAAACAAUCAGAUUUACCAUCUGCUAUUGCUGCUAAAAAAACGAGAGAAUUCCGUUGUCCACCUAAAGAACAGAUGAACGCAAUUCUUGGAUUCAAAAACUUAGAGGAAGAUGAGAAAGAAAAUUGCCCCCUCAACGAAGAGUUAGUUGAGCAAAUGUCCGGAUUUCAUGACGCGCUAAUGGAACACGUUUCAUUAAAAGCACUCUUAGCUCCACCCUCCGUUGAAUGUCCUGAAGAUAUUAAAAAAGCUGGGCCAAUUAAGAAACUGUAUAAUUUCAUAAACGCCGUUAAAGAGUUAGAGAUUGAACCAAAAGUGGAAGAAGAACCACCAAAGAAAACACCAGAAGAAAACUUUAGAAAGGUUCUAAUCAGCACUAUAGUUGCUUGGGCUGAAGAAGCACAAAUUGAAACACCAAAAUUAGUUCAAGAAAUGUUUUCUUUAUUGGUGAGGCAAUAUGAUGCUGUUGGUGAAUUGAUUAGAGCCUUAAGAAAAACUUAUGUCAUCAACGCAAAAACUAAAUGUGACGUUGCCGAAAUGUGGGUCGGAUUGAGUCAAAUUAGAACUUUAUUACCCGUGCAAAUGUCUCAGGAAGAAGAAGAAUUAAUGAGGGAGCGAUUAUGGAAAUUGGUGAAUAAUCACACGUUCUUCCAACAUCCAGACUUAAUCCGCGUUUUAAGAAUUCACGAAAACGUGAUGGCUGUAAUGAUUAAUACUUUGGGAAGACGGUCGCAAGCUCAAUCAGAUGCUAGCACUCAAGCUCAACCAACAGAAGGUGAAGUUGUUGCAAAGGAAAAGGAUACCUCCCAUGAAAUGGUUGUUGCUUGCUGUCGAUUUUUGUGCUACUUUUGUCGCACAGGGCGUCAAAAUCAAAAGGCAAUGUUCGAACACUUCGAUUUUCUACUCGACAACAGCAACAUCCUGCUUUCGCGUCCAAGUUUAAGAGGCUCAACACCUUUAGACGUUGCGUAUUCAUCCUUAAUGGAAAACACCGAGCUCGCCCUUGCCCUACGAGAACACUAUUUAGAAAAAAUCGCGAUUUAUUUAUCCCGUUGCGGGUUGCAAUCUAAUUCGGAGCUUGUUGAGAAAGGUUAUCCCGAUUUAGGUUGGGAUCCCGUCGAUGGUGAGAGAUAUUUAGAUUUCUUAAGAUUUUGUGUGUGGGUAAACGGUGAAAGCGUUGAAGAAAAUGCCAAUUUGGUGAUUAGAUUGUUGAUUCGUCGACCGGAAUGUCUUGGGCCAGCUUUAAGAGGUGAAGGUGAAGGAUUACUUCGAGCUAUAAUAGAUGCAAAUAAGAUGUCUGAACGUAUCUCGGAUCGCAGAAAAUUGAUGGAUGAAGCUGAGGGAACCGUAAAUAUCGCUCAAUUUUCCCAUCCUUUACCUGAAAGUGAUGAUGAUGAAGAUUAUAUUGAUACCGGAGCUGCUAUUCUUAAUUUUUAUUGCACAUUGGUGGAUCUUCUUGGAAGGUGUGCCCCUGAUUCAGGAGUUAUUGCUUUGGGAAAGAAUGAAUCUCUUAGAGCUAGAGCUAUUUUAAGAUCUUUGGUGCCGUUGGAGGAUUUGCAAGGAGUUUUAAGUUUGAAAUUUAACCUUCAUAAUCCAGCAGCUGGAGAAGAACGUCCUAAAUCUGAUAUGCCAUCGGGAUUAAUUCCAGGGCAUAAACAAUCAAUUGUAUUAUUUUUAGAACGGGUGUAUGGAAUUGAAACUCAAGAGUUGUUUUAUAAAUUAUUAGAAGAAGCAUUUUUACCGGAUUUAAGGGCUGCUACAAUGCUUGAUAGGAAUGAUGGCAGUGAAUCAGAUAUGGCAUUAAGCAUGAAUCGUUACAUAGGAAAUUCAAUAUUACCUCUAUUAAUCCAACAUAGCAAAUUUUACAACGAAGCUGAAAACUAUGCGUCAUUAUUAGAUGCAACAUUACACACCGUCUACAGAUUAUCAAAGAACCGGAUGUUAACCAAAGGGCAAAGAGAGGCGGUUUCAGACUUUUUAGUAGCAUUAACAAGCGCGAUGCAACCCGCUAUGUUACUAAAACUACUUAGAAAAUUAACCAUCGACGUAUCAAACUUAUCAGAGUACACAACAGUUGCUUUAAGACUUCUUACAUUACAUUACGAACGUUGUGCCAAAUACUAUGGAUCAACUGCAGGGCAAGGAUUAUAUGGUGCUUCAUCCGAUGAAGAAAAACGUUUAACAAUGAUGUUGUUCUCAAACAUUUUUGAUUCAUUAAGUAAAAUGGAUUACGAACCAGAACUAUUCGGAAAAGCCUUGCCGUGCUUAAUCGCGAUCGGUUGUGCUUUACCCCCAGAUUACUCACUUUCAAAAAAUUACGACGACGAAUGGUACACUAACAAAGCAGCUACAACCGGUCCAGAUGGACCAUAUAACCCCCAACCGAUUAAUACAAACUCAGUUCAAUUAAACAACGACUUAAACGGACUAGUCCAGAAAUUUUCGGAGCAAUACCACGACGCUUGGGCUCAAAGAAAAUUAGAAAACGGAUGGCAAUAUGGCGAAACUUGGUCUGACUCUAAUAAAACUCAUCCCAGAUUAAAACCUUAUUCUCUCUUAAAUGAUUAUGAAAAAGAACGAUACAAAGAGCCUGUGAGAGAAUCACUAAAAGCUUUGUUAGCUUUAGGUUGGUCUGUGGAACAUACAGAAGUAGAUAUCCCAACUAAUAACUCAUUAAGGAGACAAUCAAAACAAGGAGAUGCAAAUUCCCCUUACAAUUAUAACCCCCAUCCAGUUGAUAUGGCCAAUUUAACGCUUUCGAGGGAAAUGCAAAAUAUGGCUGAGAGAUUAGCUGAAAAUGCGCAUGAUAUUUGGGCUAAGAAAAAACGGGAAGAAUUAAAUACUUGCGGGGGUGGGAUUCAUCCUCAAUUAGUACCAUACGAUCUUCUUACUGAUAAAGAAAAACAUAAAGAUAGGGAAAGAUCACAAGAAUUCUUAAAAUAUAUGCAAUAUCAAGGUUAUAAAUUACACAGACCCGUUAAAGGUGGAGCGGGUGAAGGGGAACAAACAGCGACAGGACCAGCUGUCGAAUUAAGAUUUGCUUAUAGUUUAUUAGAAAAAUUAAUCCAAUAUUUAGAUCGAGCAACGGUUAAUAUGAAGCUUUUAAAACCAUCGCAAACCUUUAGCAGAAGAAGCUCAUAUAACACAUCUUCGAGAGACAUCAAAUUCUUUUCAAAAGUUGUACUCCCAUUGAUGGAAAAAUACUUUUCCACUCAUAAGAAUUAUUUCAUUGCCGUCGCUACCGCAACUAACAACAUCGGCGCAGCAAGUUUGAAAGAAAAAGAAAUGGUUGCGGCAUUAUUUUGUAAACUAGCGAAUCUUUUACGAUCCAAACUAGCAGCUUUUGGAGCAGACGUAAGAAUUACAGUUAGAUGUUUGCAAGUUUUGGUCAAAGGAAUCGAUGCGAAAUCUUUAGUGAAGAAUUGUCCUGAAUUUAUAAGAACAUCAAUGUUGACUUUCUUUAAUAAUACUGCUGAUGAUUUAGCACAUACCAUCAUGAAUUUACAAGAUGGAAAAUACAGUCAUUUAAGAGGUACUCAUUUAAAAACGUCUUCUUCGUUAUUUUAUGUUCACGCUGUGGUUUUACCCUGUUUAACUGCAAUGUUUGAUCAUUUAGCAAAUUGUGAAUAUGGCGCUGAUUUAUUAUUGGAUGAAAUUCAAGUUGCAUCAUACAAAAUUCUCCAAUCUUUAUACACUUUAGGUACCGAUCGUACAUUAACUCACGAUAGGAAAUACUUAAAAACGGAAAUUGAGCGAAAUAAACCAGCUUUAGGAUCUUGUUUGGGAGCUUUUAGUUCAUGUUUUCCGGUGGCAUAUUUGGAGCCACAUUUAAAUAAACAUAAUCAAUUUUCACUUUUAAAUCGUAUAGCUGAUCAUUCUUUAGAAGCUCAAGACAUAAUGGUUAGAAUGGAGAGUUCAAUGCCAACUUUAGAAACAAUUCUAACGGAAGUAGAUCAAUUUGUUGAUAGUGAAUUAACUUAUAACGAAGCCAUGCACAUCAUUGAUGUCAUCAUGCCAUUACUUUGUUCUUACCUGCCAUUUUGGUGGUCGCAAGGUCCCGAUAAUGUCAGUCCAACAGGAGGAGCUUAUGUAACAAUGGUUACUGCUGAACAUAUGAAUCAACUUCUCAAGAAUGUGUUAAAAUUGAUUAAGAAAAACAUAGGAAAUGAGCAUGCUCCUUGGAUGACGAGAAUAGCGGCUUAUGCCCAACAGAUUAUUAUCAACAGCAGUGAAGAAUUGCUGAAAGAUCCAUUUUUGCCACUUGCUGAAAGGGUAAAGAAACGCACUGAAAACAUGUUCCAUAAAGAAGAGAGUUUAAGAGGGUUCAUUAAAAGCUCAACGGAUGAUACAUCACAAAUUGAAGCUCAAAUUCAAGAAGAUUGGCAAUUAUUAGUAAGGGAUAUUUAUUCGUUUUACCCCUUAUUAAUUAAAUACGUUGACUUACAAAGAAAUCAUUGGUUACGUCACAACAUAGCCGAAGCUGAGGAUAUUUACAACCACGUUUCGGAAAUUUUCAAUAUCUGGUCGAAAUCGCAAUAUUUCCUUCGUGAGGAACAAAACUUUAUAUCCGCGAAUGAAAUUGAUAAUAUGGUUUUAAUUAUGCCAACUGCUACAAGAAGGACUGUUGUUACUGAUAGUUCAACUCCAGCUGGUGGAAAAGCUAAGAAAAAGAAAAAGAAUCGCGAGAAAAAACGCGAUAAAGACAAAGAGAUUCAAGCGUCGUUAAUGGUGGCUUGUUUAAAACGUCUCCUUCCUGUUGGAUUGAAUUUAUUCGCUGGGAGGGAACAAGAACUUGUUCAACACUGCAAAGAUCGCUUCUUAAAAAAAAUGCCAGAAUACGAAAUAAUCGAUUUUGCUAAAAUUCAAUUAACAUUACCGGAUAAGAUCGAUCCUGCAGAUGAAAUGUCUUGGCAACAUUACCUUUACAGUCAAUUGGGUAGCAAAAAAGCAACCGCUGUAAAUACUACUGAUGCGAAUGGUAAAAGCCAAUUAGAAGAAACUGUAGAGAGAAUCGUUGCGAUGAGCAAAGUUCUUUAUGGGCUUCAUAUGAUCGAUCACCCUCAACAACAACAGAAAGGCGUGUAUCGCAGCGUUGUUUCGACGCAACGCAAACGUGCGGUUCUAUCUUGCUUCAGACAAGCCUCGUUACAUAGUUUGCCCAGGCACCGAGCAAUAAACAUAUUUAUCCGUUCUUAUUACGAUUUAUGGCUACAAGAUGAGAACGUCGGACAAGAAGUAUUAAUUGAAGAUUUAACGCAAUCCUUUGAAGACGCGGAAUUGAAAAAAGUUGAUGAUGUUGAAGAAGAAGGCAAACCAGAUCCCCUAACACAAUUAGUAACCACUUUUUGUAGAGGGGCAAUGACAGAAAGAUCGGGUGCUUUACAAGAGGAUCCAUUAUAUAUGAGUUACGCUGAAAUCAUUGCGAAAUCAUGUGGUGAAGAAGAAGAAGAAGGUGAAGAUGAGGAGGGAGGUGAAGGUGAAGAAGGAGGCGCAUCAAUCCAUAGGACUAUGGAAAAGUUAAUGGAACAAGAAAUGGAAAAACAAAAAUUAUUAUUCAGUCAAGCAAGAUUGGCGAAACGAGGUGUCGCGGAGAUGGUUUUGCUUCAUAUCUCAGCUUGUAAAGGUGUCCCAUCAGAGAUGGUUAUGAAAACUUUACAAUUGGGCAUAUCAAUUUUGCGCGGUGGCAACAGCGAUAUCCAAAUGGGCAUGUUGAAUCAUUUGAAAGAGAAAAAAGAUGUCGGAUUCUUUACAAGCAUAGCAGGGCUAAUGAAUAGUUGUAGUGUACUUGAUUUGGACGCAUUUGAAAGAAAUACUAAAGCUGAAGGAUUAGGAGUUGGCUCAGAAGGUGCCGCCGGAGAAAAGAACAUGCACGAUGCAGAAUUUACUUGCGCCCUCUUCCGUUUUAUCCAACUAACAUGCGAAGGUCACAAUUUAGAAUGGCAAAAUUAUCUUCGUACUCAAGCGGGAAAUACAACAACCGUAAACGUAGUUAUUUGCACAGUCGAUUACUUACUACGCCUCCAAGAAUCGAUUAUGGACUUCUAUUGGCAUUAUUCAAGUAAAGAAUUAAUCGAUCCGGCGGGAAAAGCAAACUUUUUCAAAGCAAUCGGCGUCGCUAGCCAAGUAUUUAACACCCUCACUGAAGUCAUCCAGGGACCGUGCACACUCAAUCAACAAGCUUUGGCCCAUUCCAGAUUGUGGGACGCCGUCGGCGGUUUCCUUUUCCUUUUCUCUCAUAUGCAAGAUAAAUUGUCGAAACAUUCGAGUCAAGUGGAUCUUCUUAAAGAGCUUUUAAACCUUCAAAAAGAUAUGAUUACGAUGAUGUUAUCUAUGCUUGAAGGAAACGUUGUCAAUGGUACUAUUGGUAAACAGAUGGUUGAUACCUUAGUUGAAAGCGCCUCAAACGUUGAAUUGAUCUUAAAAUAUUUUGAUAUGUUUUUAAAGUUGAAAGAUUUAACAAGUUCUGCGAGCUUUAUGGAAAUUGAUAUUAAUAAUGAUGGGUGGGUGUAUCCGAAAGAUUUUAAAGAGAAAAUGGAACAACAAAAAGCUUAUACUCCUGAAGAAAUUGAAUUCCUUCUUACUUGUUGCGAAACAAAUCACGAUGGUAAAAUAGAUUACGUUGGAUUUAUUGAUCGAUUCCACGAACCAGCCAAAGAAAUCGGUUUUAAUUUAGCCGUUUUACUUACAAAUUUAUCGGAACAUAUGCCCAAUGAACCAAGAUUAGCAAGAUUUUUAGAAACCGCGGGGUCCGUUUUAAAUUACUUCGAACCUUUCUUAGGCCGCAUCGAAAUCUUGGGUAGUAGCAAACGUAUUGAGAGAGUUUACUUUGAAAUUAAAGAAUCAAACAUUGAGCAAUGGGAGAAACCACAAAUUAAAGAAUCCAAAAGAGCUUUCUUCUAUUCAAUCGUAACUGAAGGAGGUGAUAAAGAAAAAUUGGAAGCCUUCAUUAAUUUUUGUGAGGACGCAAUUUUUGAAAUGCAACACGCGAGCGCUUUGAUGGCAGUUGAAGAAUCAAGCGGAAUGGGACAAACAAGAACGACCAGUUAUAGUUAUCUCCAAGAUGAUGAUGAAGAGCGAGCCGCUAAAGACCCAAUUAGAAAAGGUUAUCAAAACGUGAAGGAAGGAAUUUAUUACGGUUUAUCCGCCUUGAGUCCGGCCAAUAUAAAACAUCGAAUUGCCGAUAUGCAACAAAUGACACCAUACGAGCUUUUUGUUGGUUUCUUUAAAAUGAUCUUUUAUGCGUUUUAUUAUUCCGGAUUUGGAUUCUCGAUGAUUUUGGGUUAUUUCUUCCGUAUGUUAUUGAAUUUGAUGCGAGGACCUCAAGUUGAAGAGGUCGUUGUUGUAAAAGAAGAAGAAAAACUUCCCGUUAGGAUGCUUCCUGCUUUACCAGCCACCCCAGAAGAAUCAAAUACUCAAAUACAAGCGUUUGGGUUGGAUAUAACUAAAGAAGAGGGGGGACAAAUGAAAAUGGCACCUCAUGAAUCACCAACAAAUAGUCAACCAUCUUCUGGGGAAGGUGAAGGUGAAAGUACACCUGAAGAAGCAGCCGGGGAACAUCUGGAAGGUGCUACAAGCGAUCAACCUUUAACUCUAUCUGAUUUAUUGGGUGGUGAAGCGGCGAAACGGGCGGCUCAAGAAAAGGCUGAAGCUCAAGCAGCUCAACAAGCUGCGAUGCAAGCAAUCGAAUCAGAAGGAAAAGCGCAAACCACAACCGAACCUUCAGCGGUUUCCCAAAUUAAUUUUAGCAGCUAUGGACAAAGAGCUGUAUCUUUCUUGGCCCGUAACUUUUACAAUCUAAAAUAUGUUGCGUUGGUUUUGGCAUUUUGUAUUAAUUUUAUGCUUCUAUUUUACAAGGUUACAACAUUUGGUGAAACAGAUGGUAGCGGAAGUGGUCACAACAAUCUUGAUAUUCCGGAUAUUCUUGGAUCCGGUUCCGCAGAAGGUAGCGGUGGUGGUGGUUCAGGAGGUGGUGGGGAUGACUCAAGUGAAGAAGAGGAUUUACCAGAAACGGUGAUGGUGGAUGAAGAUUUUUACUAUAUGACCCACGUGAUGAGAUUGGCGGCGUUACUCCAUUCAUUAGUAUCUCUUGCAAUGUUAAUCGCCUACUACCAUCUCAAAGUACCUUUAGCCAUUUUUAAACGGGAAAAAGAAAUCGCGCGUCGCUUAGAAUUCGAGGGAUUAUUUAUAGCUGAACAACCGGAAGACGACGAUUUUAAAUCUCAUUGGGAUAAACUUGUUAUUUCCGCAAAAUCGUUCCCCGUUAAUUACUGGGAUAAAUUCGUUAAGAAAAAAGUUAGACAAAAAUACAGCGAAACUUACGAUUUCGAUUCGAUCAGUAACUUAUUGGGAAUGGAAAAGACUUCAUUUGCUGCUGCCGACGCCGAAGAAGAAAACAAAAGCAUCGCCAGUUAUAUCUUAAACAUUGAUUGGAGAUAUCAAAUUUGGAAAGCCGGGGUUACAAUUACAGAUAACUCAUUUUUGUAUUCUUUGUGGUAUUUCACAUUCUCAAUUUUGGGGAAUUUUAACAAUUUCUUCUUCGCCGCUCAUUUAUUGGACGUCGCCGUCGGUUUUAAAACGUUAAGAACGAUUUUGCAAUCAGUAACGCAUAACGGGAAACAACUCGUUUUAACUGUACUACUUUUAACAAUUAUUGUCUAUAUUUAUACAGUUAUAGCAUUCAAUUUCUUUAGAAAGUUUUAUGUGCAAGAGGAAGAUGAAGAAGUGGAUAAGAAAUGUCAUGAUAUGUUAACGUGUUUCGUGUUUCAUUUAUACAAAGGAGUAAGAGCCGGAGGUGGUAUAGGUGAUGAAAUCGAACCUCCUGAUGGCGAUGAUUACGAAGUUUAUCGCAUUUUGUUUGAUAUAACAUUCUUCUUCUUCGUCAUCAUUAUUUUAUUGGCUAUCAUUCAGGGUUUGAUUAUUGACGCGUUCGGUGAACUCCGUGAUCAAUUGGAGAGUGUCAAAAACGAUAUGGAGUCAAAUUGCUUCAUUUGUGGAACGUCUAAAGAGUACUUCGACAGUGUACCCCACGGGUUUGAUACCCACGUACAACAAGAACAUAAUUUAGCUAAUUACAUGUUUUUCCUGAUGCAUUUAAUUAAUAAACCGGAUACUGAACACACUGGCCAGGAAACGUACGUUUGGAACAUGUACCAGCAAAGAUGUUGGGAUUUCUUCCCUGUGGGUGACUGCUUCAGGAAACAAUACGAAGAUGAAUUGAGUGGUGGUGGAAGUUAAAUUUUAAAUUAAUUAAUUAAAGUGCCAUAGCAAAGUUUUAAAUGAUUUUAAAGUCGAGUUAAGUGGUUUAAUUGCACACUGACACACACACAGCAGUUCGAUUUUGACGAAAUGUUUAUUCUAGCCGAUUGAAUUAAAUUAAUAAUUAAUUAUAGCGAAAAAGUAUGAAUAUAUGGGAGUUAUUCGUUUUGUUUUACUUAAUAUAAUAUUGUGACUGUUAUGUAAAACAAAUUUAAAUAAAUUUUUCGUAAAACGUU